UGAGCACUCGAAGGAGAAGAGCCGCGAAGCUUUCUCUUACCUGGGGAUUUUGCCAAGGAACGAUUUCUCUCCAACUGUUUGUUUAAUAUCAAGAGCAAAUUACGUCUUAGUCCGUAACUUCUAAUUCUGUUCCAUCGAAACGACAGUGCAAUUCUUAAAUCGGACUGUAUGCAUCUGGUGUAGGGUACCUGGCAUUGCUAAGGGACAUGAGAGGCUUUGCUUUGGCUUCUUCUAGGGCAUCAUCAUCAUCUGCAAUCAAGAAUCUUUCCCAAUUUCAAGAGCCAUUCGAUCAGCUUCAGUCAAAAGUAGAAAACCAUUCAAAGCUGCCCAUAGUUUAUCCAAAUCGCACUACCAUUAUUGAAGCUUCUUCAAGAGGUAAUAGUCCCUAUUCACUCAACUUUCAAGUUAAAAGGCACAACUCAGUUCCAACCUCAAACAGCUCCAUUUCAGCUAAUAACUAUAGUAAACCAAUUGAUCACGAUUUCUUUUCUCGAAUUCUCUCAAGAAAUGACUGGUUUUUGUUGUUGAACCAUGAGUUCAAGGCAAAAAGGAUAAUCUUGAAUCCUCAAUUUGUUGUUAGUGUCUUGCAAAAUCAAGAGAACCCGCUGUACCCUUUGAAAUUUUAUAUCUGGGUCUCGAAUAUCGAUCCUUUAUUUGCCAAGAAUCAAUCCGUUAAAAGUGUUUUAGCGAAUUGCUUUUAUAGGAAUGGUCCUGUGGUGUUGUCUGUUCAAUUGCUUAAAGAUAUUAGAAACUCGGGUUAUCGAGUCAACGAAGAUUUGCUUUGCAUUUUGAUUGGUAGUUGGGGCAGAUUGGGAUUGGCAAAUUAUUGUGGUGAAAUAUUUGGGCAGAUAUCGUUUCUGGAUAUCAGUCCUAGUACAAGGCUGUAUAAUGCGGCUAUUGAUGCCUUGGUGAAAUCCAAUUCUCUUGACUUGGCUUAUUUGAAAUUCCAACAGAUGUCAGCUGAUAAUUGCAAACCAGAUAGGUUUACUUAUAAUAUACUUAUUCAUGGAGUUUGUAAGAUUGGAGUAGUGGAUGAGGCACUCCGGUUGGUUAAGCAAAUGGAGGAUAUGGGAUAUUCACCUAACGUGUUCACAUAUACAAUCUUAAUUGAUGGAUUUCUUACUGCAAAGAGGAUUGGUGAAGCCUUUAGGAUUUUAGAGACUAUGAAGGCUCGGAACGUGAGUCCCACUGAAGCCACAAUUAGAUCAUUCAUUCACGGUUUGUUCCGUUCCAUGGCCCCAAGUAAGGCAUUUGAACUUGCAAUAGGAUUUAUCGAAAAAGAGCCUGUCUUGCGGAGAUUGGCUUGUGACACACUACUCUGUUGUUUGUCCGAUAAUAAUAUGGCAAGAGAAGCUGGUGCAUUGUUGGUGAAACUUGGGAAGAGAGGCUACUUACCUGACAGUUCAACAUUUAAUAUCAUAAUGAAUUGUUUGAUAAAGGGUUUUGAUCUCAACGAAACAUGUUGCAUAUUAGAUAGAUUUGUUAAGCAAGGCAUGAAGUUGGCUUUUAAUACUUAUCUUGCACUAAUUGAAGCUUUAUACAAGGCUGGUCGAGGUUUGGAAGGGGACCGCUAUUUCACUCAGAUGGUUAAGGAAGGGCUUGUAUCAAGUGUCUUCUCAUAUAACAUGGUGAUAAAUUGCUUCUGCAAAACAAGUAUGAUGGAGAAAGCAGCAAAGGCUUUUGAAGAAAUGCAGUAUAAAGGCAUUGCUCCUAACCUUGUUACUUUCAAUACCCUUAUUAGUGGGCAUUGCAAGGGUGGAGAGGUUCGCAAGGCACAACAACUGCUGCUGAUGCUUUUAGAACAUGGAUUUAAACCAGACAUCGUCACUUUUAGUUCAAUGAUUGAUGGCCUUUGUCGAGCAAAACAGGUCGAAGAUGCUUUAGGUUGUUUCACUGAAAUGGAAGAGUGGGGUGUCUCUCCCAAUGCGGUCACGUACAAUAUAUUAAUUCGUUCUUUAUGUCUCAUAGGGGAUGUUCCUAGAUCCAUGAAACUCUUGAGGAAGAUGCGAGUUGAUGGAAUAAGCCCAGAUGUUUUUUCUUUUAAUGCUCUUAUUCAAAGUUUUUGUAGAAUGGGAAAGGUGGAGAAUGCAAAGAAGCUAUUUGUUUCAAUGUUGUCACUGGGCUUGGUUCCUGACAAUUAUACCUAUGGUGCUUUUAUCAAGGUAUUUUGUGAAUCAGGGAAACCUGAUGAAGCUAAGGAGAUAUUUCGCUCAAUGGAAGCAAAUGGUUGUGUGCCUGAUUCUUUAACAUGCAAUCUAAUCUUGGGCAUUCUUGUCAAGCAAGGUCAGUUUGAGGAGGCCCAGAAAAUUGCAAGAACAUGUAGCGGAAGGGGUAUUUUAGUUGAUUGUAUUACUACCUCACAUGAGCAUGCUCUUAGUGGUUCAUAAGCUGGUUCUGCUUUGUUGAGUUUUCACUUUGACAGCAGAUCUCUGGAACAAUGUAUAUCAGAGAAUUGCACUGCUGAACUGUCUCGUUGCCAUCAUUUUGACCAGUGUUAUCAGGCAUAAAAUAUUUAUGGCUGUUCUUGAUUGGAUAUGCUUGUUGAGGCGCUAGACUUGGAUUGAAGGAAGUAGAUCAUCCUAUGCAUGUGUGACUGCAGGAUGUAUUUACUAUCUAGGACACUCAGCUGGAAAGCUUUCCAAGAAUGAGAAGAAACUUAGCUUUAGUGUUACUUGAGUUGACUUGAAGACACCUUUAUUAUGAGAAAAACUAAAAAAUAAAUCAAAUAUUUUCAGCCUCAGUUUACAUCAUCAAAAAUGCUUGUUGAAAGCCAGGGGGGCCUGUAUUAUAGAGUCUCCUUUCUAGAACUUUGAACUGAUAACUUUAUAGAUGAACUUUCACAUUUUGAAUGUAUAAGUUCAUUAACUUGUAAUCGGAAUUCGUUAGUUUUGUUGGAUGAUAUCUUUAUUGAAUUUGCUGAUCA